AUGGAAACUACAUGGUCACCGGAUGAAGGAAUAAUUGUCACUUCAAACUCAACAGAAGACAAUAUUGAGAAUGAACACACGUCAAGAACAUUGUUUAUUUUGGUAGCGGUUUUGGCAGUACUUGCGAUCUUUCUGUGUGUCUUACUGAAUCCACUGAUGCUUGUCACCUUACGCCGUGUCACCAGCAUCCAGCCAACAACCAAAAUAUUCAUGGCUUCUCUCACCCUGUCUGAUCUGUGCAAUAACUUAUACUGGAUCCUUGCAUUAACCGAAUUGUUUGCUGGAUCUUGGUUGCUGGGGGAUUUUCUCUGUGUGGUAAACGGUGUGACUAGUUACCUUUUUGUCAGUUUGAGUAUUUUUUCUCUGUUUAUUCUGACUGUGGAUCGUUAUAUCGCAAUUUCCCAGCCUCUGCGAUACCCUUCAAUCAUGACUGUGUUCAGGUCAAAGAUAAUUGUGUUAAGCACAUGGGCUGCAGUGAGCAUUUUCUGCAUUUUAAUAUUUGGGAUUGAUGGGAGUCGUGUUGUCUCACUGGAUACCCGUUAUUACCUUUGCAUAGGAAAUUAUGACUGGAGGAAUUAUCUAGCUCUUACAAUAGCUGUUGUCAUAAUUCUAUCAAUAUUCAUCCUGUAUGCACGCAUCGCCCUGAUAGCUCGCAACCAAGCCCGACGCAUUGCUGCUGAAAACCAAGCAGGCAAUGGUCAAGGUGGGCAGAGAAUAAACACCAGAUCAACCACCACCAUCAUCAUCAUAACAGGGACUUUAAUCAUCACCUGGAUUCCUACAGUCGUUAGGUUGCUGAUAGUGAUAGCAUCUCCACAACACACAUGGACGCGGUACCUGGCUGGCACAUUCACAAAUGUUCUGCUGCUGUGCAAUAGCUGGCUGAAUGUUAUCAUUUACUACCUGAGGAAUAGGGAUCUUCGUCAGGCAGUGCGUGCUUUACUAUCUGACUGGCAUCAAAGUCUGCAACAAAGAUUCUUGCAUUAACGUUACAACGCAGUUGUGAUUCUUUACAGAAUGAAACAACCAUCUCGCCAUCUUAAC